CAACGUAACAAGGCGCUGCGUGUGCACGUGCUGCGCGCCUGACUGCUCCUUUGAUUUCCGGGUCGCUCUCCUCGCAAGCGGCAGUUGCUGAGCUGCGGUGCCGGCUGACACUCGGGCGGAGGAGGGGAGGUCGGAGCGGACUCAGGCCGAGGAGGGAGGAGGGGAGGUCGGAGCGGACUCUCCGUGUGUGUCAGCAUCAUCAUCAUCACCACUAUCAUCAUCAUCAUCAUCAUCAUGGCGGACCAAGGCGAAGCUCCUGCCGCCGUCCAGUCGCCGACAAGCAGCUGGCCAAUUAGCAGGGAGUCGUACGAGCUCCAGGAAGUCAUCGGCAGUGGGGCCACAGCCGUGGUGCAAGCAGCGCUCUGUACCCCCAGACAGGAGCGGGUCGCCAUCAAGAGGAUCAACCUGGAGAAAUGCCAGACCAGCAUGGAUGAGUUACUGAAAGAAAUUCAAUCAAUGAGCCAAUGCAACCAUCCCAAUGUUGUUACAUAUUACACUUCUUUUGUUGUCAAGGAUGAACUGUGGUUAGUCAUGAAGCUCUUGAGCGGAGGCUCCAUGCUGGAUGUUAUCAAGCACUCAAGCAAAGAGGAUGACGGAAAUCUGGAUGAGCCGAUCAUUGCGACCAUACUAAAAGAAGUCCUCGAGGGCCUGGACUACCUGCACAGAAAUGGACAGAUUCACCGGGACGUGAAAGCUGGGAAUAUUUUACUGGGAGAAGAUGGGUCAGUUCAGAUUGCAGAUUUUGGUGUAAGCUCAUUCCUAGCCACAGGGGGUGAUAUGACAAGAAACAAAGUUCGAAAGACCUUUGUUGGUACGCCAUGCUGGAUGGCACCAGAAGUGAUGGAACAGGUUCGAGGUUAUGAUUUUAAAGCGGACAUUUGGAGUUUUGGAAUAACGGCCAUAGAACUAGCAACAGGGUCCGCGCCCUAUCACCGCUACCCACCCAUGAAGGUCUUAAUGUUGACACUACAGAAUGAUCCACCCACUCUGGAGACUGGUGUCGAGGACAAGGAAAUGCUAAAAAAGUACGGCAAAUCAUUUAGGAAGCUAAUAACUCUGUGCCUUCAGAAGGAACCUGCCAAAAGGCCCACAGCUGCAGAACUCUUGAAAAGUAAAUUAUUUCAAAAGGCUAAGAACAGAGAAUAUUUGGUGGAAAAGCUUUUGUGCCGUGCACCAAAAAUCUCCCAGAGAGCAAAGAAGGUGAGGCGGGUCCCAGGCUCCAGUGGCCACCUGCACAAGACGGAGGACGGAGACUGGGAAUGGAGCGAUGACGAGCUGGAGGAGGGCAGUGAGGAAGGCAAGGCGGCGGUGAACCAGGGCAGGUCUCGACGGGUCAAGGAGGAGACCAAAGAUGAUGAGGAGAAUAUCAACUAUGUUCCUAUUGAUGGGUUAUCCAUCCAGCAUCCCCAGGUGGAGCCAUUUGGGGAUCGUUCAUACAGUCAAGGCGCUGUGAACAUGGUUCUGCGACUAAGGAACUCCAAAAAGGAACUGAACGACAUUCGCUUUGAAUUCACUCCAGGACGAGACACUGCUGAUGGUGUUUCCCAAGAAUUAUUCUCCGCCGGUCUUGUCAACGGACUCGAUGUUGGAACUGUGGCUGCUAACCUUCAGAAGAUUGUAGAUGACCCAACUACCUACAAAAUAUUGACCUUUAAGCUGGCAUCCUGCUGUGACGACACGGAGCUCCCAGACGAGGUGAAACUGAUCGGCUUUGCACAGCUGAGCCUCAGCUGAUGUUGGCUUGGUGCCUCCAGAGGGUGACACAAGGCCUACAAGUUGAGGGUAGAGGAACAAAAGCACCACUUCCUCCCUCCUCCCGUGUUCCUCCGCCAGCUCACCAUCCGGGAUCAGGAUCAAGCCCAGGAAGUCCACAUGUACUCAGGAUGUGAAAGAAGGUGAUUCAAAUGUAGCUUUGAAUGUUUUAUUUAUUCCUUUUCUGUUGUCGCCUGUGUUCCACAAAGCUCUUCAUUAUUUAUUGAGGGCAGUUUUUUGUUUAGUUUUGCCAAAACCUGAUUAGCUUUGACUGGCGCUCCACAAACCUGCUGAGUUUCUCUGCAAAGCACACGUGUCAAAUGUGAGACACAAAAAAGACAAAGAAUUGUAUUCUACAAAGGAGUAUCAGGCUGACAUGGACAAGAAAAAAUGAUCAGUUGCUGCCAAUAAAGUCUUAAUACUCUAAGAAUAAGGAGGAGAAAAAAAGUAGCAAAAUAAUUCUGUAAUAUUACAAACAACUUCAGCCAGUGAAUAUCAAAAUUAAUAAACACUUUUUAACAAUACUUUAACCUUGUUUUUUUGCAAUAAUACACAACUUUAUUGUUGUAAAAUUUGGAUUUUUUCCUUUUUAAGCAAUGUUGCUUUAUUCUCAUAACAUAUUUUAUUACAUUUUUGCAUAAAAUUAUGACUUUAUUUUUGUAAACUGAGGACUUCCCAUGAAAAAGCAACUUAGUUGUCAUAGUGCAAUAAUUAUUUCUCAUACACAUUAUGACAGUAUGUCAUUCUGUCGAAAUAUGAAGAAAAUCACUAUUUGUUUCUCAGAAUAUUUCAUUGUUUUACGUAUUUCUCUGCAGAUAUUUCCAACUUUUCCUCAUAAUUGUGCAAGUUUUUCUUUUAAGUUGACAUCUUUUUUUCUUGCAAUAUCACUCGUCCUUUAUACUUCAUAUAUUGCAAUUUCAUUCUUGUGGUAUUUUGAUAAAAGUCUUCCUGUCGUGUUACACCACAGUAUUACUCAGUUCUGGUAAAAGUACAACUUUUCUACUCAUUUUUAUUUUUUUAACACCCAUGACUUGCUUUGUUGGACCAGAUAAGCGCAAAUGUUGACUUCCAAUAAAGUUCCUUCUUCUACUAAUAUGAGCCACAAUUUCUGGUAAAAUAAGGACAUUGUCUUCUCGCAAUGUAAUAUUAUUUUAUUCCUUUCUCAAAAUAUUGCAUGCACUCAUAAAUGUUUUCCUUAUAUUAUUUCUCCUAAGUAUAAAAAUAUAUUUUCCUUGCAAAAUAAAAUUGUUUCUACGUAAUAUUAGUAUUUUUUCAAAUCAGAUUAAUCACAUUUAAAAAAUUGGGAAGAAACAUGAUUGCUUAAUUUAAAUUAGCUUGAAUAAUACCUCAGUAUUUGGACAUAAAUGCAAUUUUAUUGUCAGAAUGUUAUUUAGGAACAUUAUUUAAAUGACUUCAAUGCACAACAUUUAUUUGCUGAAAACUUGGUAUCAAUGAUGCAUUGACCACUAUUUAACCUGUAUCGCCUUUCAUGGAACAAAGCUAAAGAAGCAUUGUGAUUAAUCUGCCAUUAAUACAAUAUAUUUUGUGAUUAAUCGCACGAGUUAACUCUUCAUUUUUGAGAGGCCUAAUUACAACCUUUAUUUCUGUACAAUAUUCAUUAUAACCUUGCUACUUUCUUGCAACAUAUGUAACUGUUCCUCAACGUAUUCCUUUAUUGUUGUAAAUACCAAUGUAUCGUUAGGCUAUUUACUGUAAAAUAGCAGCCUCAUAGUCACAAUGACUUUAUUGUCAGCAGCAUAGUCCUUUGUGUCUUGAAGGUGCAGCCCUGAUACUACUUGGACAAGAAGGUUACUUCAUGAAUGAAAAGAGACCUCCAUACUGCUCACCACAGUGUUUGUUAAUGCUUGUAAACGCUCAAGGUGCCUUGCUCAUCUACCUGUGCCUCAGACAGUAUUGUCACUGGGUCUGCCUGCUAGCGAUUAGUGGUUGACUCACGUUAGUCCAGCAGCAACAUUAGAUGUUUACUUUAUUGCACUUUUGGGCAGAGAUGUCUGCAGCCAACAAGCAGACGCCUUCGCCCUCGUAGACAACUUCCUGCUUUCCUGUUUCCCAUCAUACAGAUAUGUGAUGAUGUCAUUGUUCUGCGUUCCUAUUUCCAUUGCUCUGACCUGCUACACAAUGCUCCAGAUUGUAUAAAAUCAUUCUUAAAACGUGCAAUGGAAAUAGUGAUAAACCACACAAGUCUGGUAGCGAAAUGUUGUUAAAUAUUUGACCUAAUAAUGAAAUUCUUUAUUUUAUUAAAUAUAAAGUGUAUGUCUGCCCCAUGUAACCCAGUGGUUUGUCAUAUGAGCAACAAAUAAAAGGAUUGCUGUUA